UAACGCGUUUGAUUCGUUGAUGAACGAAUAUAAGCUACACUGGUUACUAGAGUGUAUUCGGACUUUCAGACUGACUCGGAUAACUAUAGUUCGGUGUGAUAUAAAUAACGUAACCGUGGUAGGGCUCUGGCUCUGUUUGUAGCCUUAAUUAUAAUAAAAUCAUCGUACGUAUAACCUCUUGCAUCAUGCCAACUGAUUAUUUGAAUGUUGUUUGAAGGUUUCAACUUUCAUUAUUUUUGAAUGAACAUUAUAAUUUCUACCAGUAUAAGAUAUUUAGUAGAUUAUGAAAGAUGAUUCAAGUAUUAAGAAAACAAUUUUCAAGAAAUUGUAAAAGACACAGAAAUGUUAAUACAUGGUCAUCUCUAGCAACAGCAUUCAAUUCCAUUAGUAAAGAAAAAUAUGGUUUUGAUUUCUUAAAAAAGGAAACUGGACUAUUUGGAAUACCUGAGUUAAAGACAUCAGAAGGAUUUAAUAUUUUAAAAGACCAAGCAAUAUCUCAAACAGAUGCACUUAUAACAGAAUCUAUAAGUCAAAAUAGAAAACGAAAAAUGGUGGAAAUUUUUGAUGAUAUGUCUGAUACGUUAUGUAAAGUUGCAGAUUUAGCAGAGUUCAUUAGAGUUGCACAUCCAGAAAAGCAGUUUGUUACAGCUGCAGAGAAUACUUGUCUAUUUGUUAGUGGUAUUGUAGAGAAGUUAAAUACUCAUCGUGAAUUGUAUAAUGCAUUAAAACAUGUUGUGUACAAUGGAGAUACUCAAGAAACAUCUCUAGUGGAUAAACAUGUUGCAACAUUAUUCUUGUCUGAUUUUGAAUUAUGUGCUAUUCAUUUACCAGAGUCUAUAAGAGAAAAAGUUGUACAGUUGAAUUAUUAUACGUUACAAGUAGGCCAGAAAUUUAUGGCAGGUACUAGUAAUCCAAGAGCAGUAGAUGCUAAUUUUGUUCCACUUAAUGUAAGGCAAUAUUUCACACAGAAAGAUAAUAAAAUACAUGUUCAAGGACUUUAUGUAGAUUCUCCUAAUAAUCUUGUUAGAGAAACAGCAUAUCGUAUAUUUCUAUAUCCUGAUGAAGAACAAGAAUAUCUUCUACAAGAACUUUUGAACUCCAGACACAUUUUGGCUAAACUAUGUGGUUUCCCAUCCUAUGCUCACCGAGCUGUUAAAGGAAGUACUGUAGAAAGACCUGAAGUAAUAUAUGAAUUCCUUAAUAUUUUAAAUAAUAAUCUAAAACUUAGAGCAAUGCAAGAUUUUAAUGAGAUGCAAAAGAUGAAAGACGCUGAAUCGCCUGUAAAACAGAAAAUAAUGCCGUGGGAUACAGCAUAUUUCACAACAAAAGCAAAAAGGACUUGGUUGAAUAUGUCCAUUACUGAAUUUGCUCCAUAUUUUUCACUUGGUGCUUGCAUGGAUGGCAUUAACAUAUUAAUACAAGCAUUGUAUGGCAUUCGAUUGGAGUAUGUACCAGUUUUAUGUGGUGAAGUUUGGGCAAGCAAUGUACAUAAAAUUGCUGUAAUAGACGAAAAUGAAGAGGUUUUGGGUUAUAUAUACUGUGAUUUCUUUGAAAGAGAAGGGAAACCUAAUCAAGACUGUCACUUUACGAUUAGAGGUGGAAGGCAACUUCCAGAUGGAUCUUAUCAAAAUCCGAUAGUAGUAUUAAUGUUAUCAUUGCCAGUUCCAACAUGGUCAAAACCAUGUUUACUUACUCCUGCCUCUGUAGAAAAUUUAUUCCAUGAAAUGGGCCAUGCAUUACAUUCUAUGUUAGGUAGGACAAAAUACCAACAUGUAACUGGAACCAGAUGCAGCACAGAUUUUGCAGAGGUUCCAAGUGUUUUAAUGGAAUAUUUUGCAAGUGAUCCAAGAGUUGUAUCCACGUUUGCUAAACACUUCCAAACUUUGGAACAAAUACCAAUAACAUUAUUAGAUAAAUUAUAUGCCUCAAAGAACAUAUUUUGUGCUUCUGAAUUACAAAAUCAAAUAUAUUAUAGCAUGUUAGAUCAAGUUUAUCACAGUGCCCCAUUAGAAAAGCCAUCAACCGAAAUUUUAAAAGAAAUACAGGGUAAAUACUAUGAACUUCCUUAUGUCGAAAAUACAAUUUUAUUUGCAGGCAUGGCAAUUAAGAUUUUCUCAUCUAGUUGGAUAUGGUGCGAAAUAUUACUCCUAUUUAGUAUCUCGAGCAAUUGCUUCUUGGAUAUGGCAAACAUACUUUCAAGCAGAUCCCUUCAAUCGAACGGCAGGCGAUCGAUAUCGAAAGGAAUGUUUAGUACAUGGAGGUGGAAAACCGCCUUCUAAAUUAGUAUCUGACUUCUUGAAUAAGGAAGCUAGUGCUAGUAACUUCGCAAAAUCUUUGCUUUUCGAAAUCGACAUAAAAAUGGAGCAUGUAGAAAAAUUAAGAGGAUAAGAAGGCCGAUCGAAAAUAACAUUUAGAAAGGUAUCUUUUCAAAAAAUAAAAUAUUUAUAAACUAUUUUUAUAAAAGUAAAAUAAGAUUUUGUAAUAAAAUGCUUAUGAAGUAUGAUACAUUUAAAAUAAAUAUUUCGAUCAUAAUUCUAAAAACAUAAAUAAUUUUAUAAUAUGAUAUAUUAUCUUGUAAAUAAAAUGUAAAUAAUCAAUGUAUCAUGCAAAAAACAUAA